AUAAUAGAGUAUACCUUGUCAACUUUAACAACAUGACACAGAAAAAACUGGACGUGGUGUAUAAGAGGGAAUUUAUUAAUUUUCCUAAAAGAAUUGGUCCUGCGGCUGUGAGAGAGUUUUACAACCAAAUGGGGAUUGAUUACGAUAACGAUAUGGAAAUUAUGACGUACAUCGCUCCUGAUGUUGCCGCACAGAAAGCAGCUUCGCUUGUGUCAGAUAAACAAAAGGAAAACUUUAAACUACUGGAUCUUGGAGCAGGUACUGGGCUUGCAGGUGCCGCUCUCCGCCGUGCUGGUUUUCUUGGUAACAUAAGCGCACUUGAUGGGUCAGCUGGAAUGCUCAAAGUUGCCAUGGAGAAAGGUAUAUACAGCGAUUCAACCGAGCAUAUUUUGACUUCAUCAAACCCACUUCCUUAUUCGGAUCAUUCGUUCGACAUGGUUGUCAGUGUCGGUGCGUUUGGGAAAAGUAUGAUGGAACCAGAUUGCUUACAGGAAGUUCUGCGGGUUUUAAAACCUCAUUCUUACAUGAUCAUCACGGUUCGAAUGUAUAGCGAAGUACAAGAUUACAAAGUUCGUUUUUACGACGAACUUGAUCGACUUGAAGCUGCCGGUUUGAUGAAGAUUUGUUCAAGUGAGAAAUUCCCUUAUUACAAAUGGGAUGAAAUUUCAGAUGAUUUUAAAGUGAAACUUGCCGAUCAAUACGGAGAAGUUCUGGAGCUACAGAAGCUUUAUAUCAAUUAGGAUGCCUUUUUCCAAGUCAAAUCAAAAUAUAUUAGAUGUGAAACUACCAUAUACAUCAAAACUACCGUAUACUGUACCAGAAAGGAAAACAGUAAUCUUUUAUUCUGGUUCAUUCUAGCACCGAAAAACACAAUAUAAUCUUAAACUGACA